AUGUAUUCAUCAGUUUUCAGGGAUAUGCAGGGCCAAGUGGUGUGCAGUAGGUGUAGGACUGUCCUCCUCUAUCCCAGAGGAGCUUCAAAUGUUUGCUGUGCAUUGUGUAAUGCAGUUACUGCUGUUCCACAACCUGGAAUGGAAAUGACUCAAUUGAUAUGUGGAGGUUGUCGUACCUUACUUAUGCAUGCACGAGGGGCUAACAGUGUCAGAUGCUCCUGCUGUCAAACAGUGAACCUUGUGCCUGCACCUAAUCAUGUUGCUCAUGUAAACUGUGGAAACUGUCAAACCACGUUGAUGUAUCCAGCUGGAGCUCCAUCAGUUAAAUGUGCAAUUUGUCAGUACAUCACCACUGUCAAUAUGGGUGAAUCAAGAGUUCCAAUUCCUGUGCAAAGACCUGAUGGAAACUCUGCAUCUGCAUCAAUACCCUCUACCUCCCCAGCUGCAUCCCAUGCUCAGAAUCAAACAGUUGUCGUUCAGAAUCCUAGUUCGGUUGAUGAAAGUGGCAAGUUGGUUAGCAACGUUGUUGUUGGCAUUACAACAUAA